GUCGUAUAGCUGUCUAAUUGGGAAAUUCAAUAUUUCGUGAAAACGACAAUACCACCUCGAAAGACAGGGCAUCCAGCUUCCUCACGGGUGUUACAUUGGGCGGUUAUCCAGCGGCACAGUAGAAUUCCAACUAUUUACAGUAGUGUGGAGUUUACUCCCCUCUCGAGCUCUUAGACGCCUCUUUUGUCAAGCCAACAUCAUUCAUUCCGUGCUCCGUUUUAUCAGUUAGUCUGCCUCUACGCCGAAGGGCUCUUUAUAUAGAAACUACAAACGUCCCAUCCAUCUCUUGACAUUGUGCCUAUUGUUUCUCUCUCGCUCUCUCUUUUCCUGUCCCUGAUUUUGACGUGUGCUUCGAUUUCCAAGUUUUUUGAUUGGCCCAGAAAUAAAAUCCAAAGAUGCCUUUCAUGUUUUCGCCAGGUAAGUAAUCAAUCGAUCAAUGAAUGUACGGACGGCACAGCACGGCAUGUUGCCACAAUUUAAGUCCGUGAUGUUCAUUCAUACCACACACCACACACCCACACUCCGUACACACACACAUACAACUUACAGCACCCCAAUUCUCAUCCUGUGAUAGGUGAAGAUCACCCGAUAACCCUGCAAGUAGUGGCGGUGUUUUUUGAAUACGCAACCUCAUAAGAGGCAGCCAUUUAUCAUUUCAGUCACUCAAUACCCAAAAUUCCUGUUUCUCUCGCACCCUUCCCUUCUCCAUGAGAGAUUUCCUUCAAUCUCCUCACCAAUACCUUUUCUUUCCCUUAUUUCACAAUCUUUAUUGAGGGAACAUGCCUAAUCAUCCCGUUUUGGUUUCAGGCGCGGUAAUCAUAGCUGCUGUGGCUGUAGGCGCGGCGAUAGCAGUAUAUGAAUCACCGCAAGCCCGUCAACUUGCUGAAGAUGUUCGUCGUAGAAUUGCAGUCGCAUUACAUUCCCUCGGCGAUGGAAUUAAUCCGAACAGUCGACAGCCUCGAUUCAACCGACCUGAGGAUGCAGAGGGUUUUAUGCAGAGUGCUUCGGAAGUAGGUGUCGAUGCCGAUGAGGAUAGCAGAAGAAAACAGAGAGAAGAAUUGAUGUAUUGGAAUGCAGUGCGCAUGGAAAGAAUGGAAAAGGAGCAGAAAAUGGAUGAGAAGAGGCCCGCGGGAAACCCAACUCGAAAGCCGAGUUUUGAGGAUUUCUUACAAGAGGAUCCCAGCGCUGAGAAAGGCACUUUUGUUUACAACACUGGCACGGAUUUGAAUGGUCAAGCUGAAGAGGGUCUUACCCAUCGACGAGGUGUCCGAGGUUUAAAUCGAUCGACAAUCUACGCAAACCCAUUUGCAGAUGAGCAUGGUAUUGACAGCGAGGAACAACAAGCUAUGGAUAGAAGUUUAAUGUCUCCUGAAGACGGCGAACAAUACGAAUCGGACUCUGAAGGAUUAUACAGUUGCCACGAAGGCCGAACUCGACCCCGCUCUCGACAAAGUACUUCCACUCUUUCACCAGCAGAACCUAUAGCCCACGAAGACGCCGAAACUCUUGUUGAUCUUUCUGAACCAUUCAACCCAGAUCCACCAGUCUCUGUACCUACCCUUGAGAAUUUGGAAACUGAGCCGACUUACACAGCAAGAGCACAAGACAAUGAAAAUCCAUUUGCAUCCAUCCACGCCUGGGCCGAUCAUACUGAUAAUGCAACCGGCUUCUAUUCCCCUCUCCCCGUUACACCUCACGAACGUCCUUCAACCCCAACUGCUACCCAGAGCGCUCAAGUUACUCCCCCUUCACCCACCAUCUCCGAUCCCGAUUACUCUUCUCUUGAAUCCCUCGAUGGAGAUGGAAUGAUCACUCCUACGGAUUCUGCAUCAUUAGCUGGUUCGGGUGAAGAAGUAUGGCACCCAAGAAGCGGCGCUACCAGUGACGCCGACGUCAUGAGUGUGGAUGAUGGUAUCGUCACACCUGAUAGCUGGUCGGAAAUUGGAAGCUUAGCAAGCGAAGAUGAAGUACACCAUUAAUCAUUCGUAUCAACUCGAUACAUUACCCACACGUAUUGAGAAGUUACAACGUCUACCUACUUACAAAGCAUGCGGUCUAUAGCAAGCGUAGGAGUUGCAUUCGGCGUCGGAUACAUACUAGAUGUCAUAUCAGACAAAAAGUCCAUGGGAACCAUCACAAUUAGCUAGCUGCAGGAACAGUAAAUUUGGGGGCAACACAAUUUGGGAAUACAAGCACGGCGUCGGGAUCAAUGGGAAAUAAGAAAGGGGUAAGGUUGGCGUACUUGUUGUAGUGGACAUAUCUAACUGUCUCCAAAUUGAUCGACUAACAUACACAUUUAUUCUGAGAUUUACUGUUCUUCAUUUUGAUGAGGUAGGGUGUUUGAAUUGGAUAUUUCCACCCAGUUUUCUAUCAGUGCGGAAUUUAUAUUUGUAUAUGAUAUUUGUGUAAGAUGAUGGUAUGUGAUAUGACAGUACGUGACGCAACGGAUACUUUUCUUGUCAAAUAUUUCCAUCCCUUUUGUA